CUCACCUUUUUCUCUCUUUCUUCCCCCAAAUUACUAGAAAGCAGGCUGAGAAGAAGAAGAAUAUAUAAUAAAAAAGAAAAAAAAUCAACAAAAACCCAGUUAGUCACUGUUUUACAGGAAACCAGAUUCCCAUUGAUUUACAGAUCUGUUUUAGCUUCUGUUAGUACUUGCUUUGUAUAUAUGGGUGGUUGUCUAGGAUGCUAUAAGAGGACGACUUUCAAUCCCUUGGUGAACGAGUCAUCAAAAGGACUAAAAGUUCAAGGUGAGACAGGCAAGAAAGCCAGCAUAUCGGAAGGUUUCUGGACCACUAGCACUUGUGAUAUGGAUAACAGUGCAGUGCAAUCACAGGGAAGCAUUUCAUCAAUCAGCACAAACAACCAGACACUUGAUCCACAUGGCAGAGUUGCAGCUGCUAAUGCCCCUGCUGAAUUUGUGAAUCAUGGCCUUCUUCUCUGGAAUCAAAUUCGGCAUCGCUGGGUGGGAAACAGGAAGUCUGAAAAUCAGGAGAAAGAGGAACGAGAACCAAAACUAAAUUGGAAUGCGACCUACGAGAGUUUACUCGGAAGCAACAAGUCAUUCCCUCAGCCUAUUCCUCUUUCUGAAAUGAUAGAUUUUCUGGUGGAUGUGUGGGAGCAGGAAGGUUUGUAUGACUGAUCAAUUAGUGCAUUUGAAAGAUGGUUACAUACCAACAUCCAUCUGCUUUGUUGUAACGUUUUCAGUUGUUUUGUUUGCUUUCAUUCAUUUGAAUA